AUAAAACCGAACAGAAAACAUGAUGACGGGAGAGGGCUUCAGCUGCGAAAGGGCUAUCUCGAAACCCUAACUUCAGUUCUCAAUCUACAAUCCAUUUGAAGCCAUGUCAAGGAGGAAGGUUAGAGAGCCCAAGGAGGAAAAUGUGACACUCGGACCCACUGUAAGGGAUGGGGAGCAUGUUUUUGGUGUGGCCCAUAUUUUUGCAUCAUUUAACGAUACAUUCAUUCAUGUUACUGACUUGUCUGGGAGAGAAACCCUUGUUCGCAUUACUGGUGGUAUGAAGGUAAAAGCUGACAGGGAUGAAUCAUCACCAUAUGCAGCCAUGCUUGCAGCACAAGAUGUUGCUCAAAGAUGCAAGGAACUUGGAAUCACUGCCCUCCACAUUAAGCUCCGGGCUACUGGAGGGAACAAGACUAAGACCCCUGGUCCAGGCGCCCAGUCUGCGCUUAGAGCCCUGGCUAGGUCAGGCAUGAGAAUUGGCCGCAUAGAGGAUGUUACUCCCAUUCCUACUGACAGUACUCGAAGAAAAGGUGGCAGAAGGGGAAGAAGGUUGUGAAUUGUCAUAUUCAAUAUAAAGUUUAUGUUUGGCUGCUGUGAUGUUAGUUGGGAAUGUUUCAAGUUGAGGGUUCUUUUCACUUAGUGGGGACAAUUUUGUAGUUCUGGAUAUGUAUGGUUAAUAUUUGAUCCCGUAAAAGAACUUUUUAUUUUAAGAUUUGUUGAUCAAAAAACAGUUUUUUGUUGUCAA